GGAUCUAAUAAUUUAAUGCAUAUGGCAUUGGAACUAUUGGAUAGGCACGUACCGCUAACUGUAGAGUCACUCGAGGGAUGGUCUGGGCAUGGGUUGCGUGCCGAGCACACCGAAAGUUCACACGGACAUAUCAUCACCAUUUUACCAACAGAUGCCGUGGCAGUCAGCAGUCAAAGGCGAGACGUUGGUGGCAGCGCUGGCGCGCCUCGACGAUGAAAUCGCCAGUAGCGAACGCACUUACCCGGCCGCUAGACUUGCUGUGGUAUCCGCCGAGUUGGCUAGCAUACAAGAGGAGAUCAAAACUUUCGAAGACGCCUCAUCUACGAUGACGAAUAAAGACAGCUACGCCAAAACAAUUCAUCAGGUGUUUGUCAGCUUGGACAUAUACAGACGUCCGGUGCUUGCAUCAGAGAACGAAGAUUUCGUGGCUAAUAUCAAUCGAAAGGAAAUGCGACGGUUAGAGCUGAGCUGGCUGCAAACACGCCUGGGAGAGCUGCAGCGCGAGCGCCGCACUCUCCAUGCACAGAUUCUGCGCACGCGCACACUCUACACGCAGUUGCAACAGCUGUUAGAUAGCGUGUGGGCCAACACUCUACGCCCCGGUACGCCACUCGAAGACGCGUUAACACGCGCACGUGGACUACGGGACGCGUUAGCGGCUGUUAGCGCGCGUCUCCGCGCCGCGGCCGAAUACGCUCAUGCGGCGGUCCGGUUGUUGGACGAUGCGCUACCGGCUUGGAAGCUUAGUGGCGUUGGCAAAACUGGCUGGGAGCGCACAGCAGCUUGCGCCGACGCGUGCAGACUAUUUGUCCAGGCUCGCUGCCUCGAACGCGGAGCGCGACGCGUGCUCUCGGCGCCUGCCGCUCCUCGCGCCGCUCGCUCCUUGCGCCUGGCACUAGACUACGCGUUCACAGACACUUCCCAUGAUUACAAGUACCAAAGAGCAACGGAGAUAUUCGUGCAGUUUAAAGAAGCGCUCGUCCAAAUGAUCAACUCUAUUCAUCAGGUGCUCCUGACCAACCUGGAGAACCUGGCUCUGGCGGCGAAAGACGUGAAGGAACGCCGGCGAGAGCUCCGCGCCGCGAGAGUCAACGCCAUUGCGGGGAAGGGGCUCGCAGAUCUGCGCUAUGAACCGGCUAGCUUGAAGACUGCCUUGAAUUAGGCCUGAUUUACGGCUCAGCCACGACA